UACCUGCUGCAUAGCUCAGUCCUAUAAAAACAUGGCAGGAGGACGGACGGCGUGGUCUUCAGUCAGAGUGAAACCUGGAGGACGAGCUGGAGGAAGAUGAAGUGAAAUGAUUCUCUGAUGCUGACGACAGCAGGAACUGACUCUAGAUUCUUGAAAGGUUGCCGAGUGUCCAGCAGAGGUCAGACAUGUCCAACUUUAACACCACUGAGUUGAAGUCGAUCCUACUCUCUUUACUGCAGCACUGCUUCAACAGCACAAGUAUACUGGCUCCACCCACACCUCUGAACUACACUACCCAGCAGGCCGUGCACUACGCGACUGAGGCCAGGGCCGCUGCUCACUCCCAGGGAAUGAUGUAUGUUCUUCUGGUGGUAGGCGUGUUCAGCUUCCUCACUUUCUGCGUCAUGCUAAGCUUCAUUCGCUCAAAGAAGCUGGAGAGCUCUCAUGAUCCGUACCACCAGUACAUCGCCCACGACUGGACCACGGUGACGGCUCCGCCCAGGGCCGUCACUCGGGCUCUGCACAGGGAGGCAGCGGGCAGCAAGGAGCCGGUCAUCAUCUGCAACCCCACAGCCCUGGAUCAGCUGUCGGGCUAGGAUGAGACGUUCAACACAGUCUCACACAUAAUAAUAAUAAUAAUAACAAUAAUAAUAAUAAUAAUAAUACACAAGAUUUUAAUUAGCUUAACUUUCAAUGUCACAAAGCACAUUCAGUCGUCAAUCCUACAAAUCUGUGUCAUUUUGUUCCCAAAGGGUUUUUCAGAGUGUGAAAUAGUGUUGUAGUCCAGACCACCUAAACCAAGACCAAGUCGAGACCAAGACCGAUCUCAAGUACUACAACACUAGUGUGAAAGUCAAGAACAACAAGAUUUGGCGGCCUCGUAUAAAUCUCUGGAAACCUAAGUUUGUCAACUGCUCACUCUCCCACACCAAAGUCCACAAAGAACAUUUCCUGAUCUACCGUUACUUACUGUAGUUCGACAGGUGAAUCCAAACAAAGGAUUUCAAUUACCAAGGACAAAAAAUAACACAUUUAAAGUCACUGAUGGAAGCAGUGUAUAUUAACUAAAAUCUGGGAUUUACUCUAUGGUCUUUGGUACAGGAGAGUGACACAGUUCUAGCUUAUAAAGGACGUCUUAUUGAUGAUAUUUGCCAGCGUACCUUUUAAAUAUCACAGACGUCAGCAGGUGAAUCUUGUUUUCUCUAAGGCCGAGCCUCCAUGUCUCAGACUGGUUCUCUGCACACGCAGCUAAAUUAGUGCAACAAAACUUAACCCACUGUUUUUCACUUGAUUAGUUUAGUGUGACACAAAUAAACUACUUCUUAUAAUUACA